AUCCCUUGAGCAUCUAGAUUUGAACAAUAAUGCUAUAAUGUCUAUCCAAGAAAAUGCUUUUUCUCAGACUCAUUUAAAAGAACUUUACGGUGCUGUGACUCCGAUAGGAUCAGAUUCAUCAUUGGACCCCCAGACCUCUCACCCAGGACCCCAAGUGUGCACCUUCGAAGCCAUUGUCUUCACUCCUGACUGAUAGAUCGGGGGUCCAAUGGUGAGUCAGACUAACGAACCAUUGCUCCGGACAAACAUCUGUUGAAGCUGGAUUCUGAACACAAGCAGUUUGCUCUGUGACUGCCAUUUGAAGUGGCUACUUCAACGAGACACCCUCAUUUAUUAGACCCCUGGAGGAUAAGACAGUAACCUGAGGUGAAACUGCGGUGUUACAGUGCAUAGCUGGAGGGAGUCCUGCCCCUCGUCUCAACUGGACUAAAGAUGAUGGGCCUUUGCUGGUGACAGAACGACAUUUCUUUGCUGCAGCCAAUCAGCUUCUCAUCAUUGUAGAUGCCGGGCUAGAAGAUGCUGGGAAAUAUACCUGCAUUAUGUCUAACACCCUUGGGACAGAACGUGGCCACAUUUACCUAAAUGUCAUUUCAUCCCCCAAUUGUGACUCUUCCCAGAGUAGCAUUGGGCAUGAAGAUGAUGCCUGGACCACAGUUGGCAUUGUCAUCAUUGUUGUGGUCUGUGUGUUGUUGGCACUUCUUUGAUCUGGGUCAUUGUUACCACAUGAGAAAGAAAAAUGAAGACUAUAGUAUCACAAACACAGAGGAGCUCAGUCUGCCUGCAGACAUUCCCAGCUACUUGUCUUCCCAAGGAACGCUGUCUGAGCCACAGGAAGGCUACAGCAACUCUGAGGCAGGCAGUCAUCAGCAACUUAUGCCUCCUGCCAAUGGAUAUAUACACAAAGGCACUGACGAUGUCCAGAAGGCUUGUUGGGGGAAUAUUGUCAACAUCGAGACCCCUGUGAGAAGAACCGCUGCCAGAAUGGUGGGACUUGUGUGGCCCAGGCCAUGCUGGGGAAAGCCACGUGCCGAUGUGCCUCAGGGUUUACAGGAGAGGACUGCCAGUACUCGACAUCUCAUCCAUGCUUUGUGUCUCGACCCUGCCUGAAUGGCGGCACAUGCCAUAUGCUCAGCCGGGAUACCUAUGAGUGCACCUGUCAAGUCGGGUUUACAGUCCCUGGCCCCACCUCUUGUGCCACAAACGUCAGCAUGGUGGUAUCAGCCAGCCCUUUGUCCAGCGAGAAGGCAGAGAUGAACAUUCUAGAAAUCAAUGAGAAAUUGCGCCCCCAGCUGGCAGAGAAGAAACAGCAGUUCAGAAGCCUCCAAGAGAAAUGUUUUGUAACUCAACUGGCCGGCUUCCUGGCCAACGGACAGAAGAAAUACAAAUACGAAGAGUGCGAAGACCUCAUAAAAUCUAUGCUGAGGAAUGAGCGACGACAGUUCAAGGAGGAGAAGCUUGCGGAGCAGCUCAAGCAAGCUGAGGAGCUCAGGCAAUAUAAAGUCCUGGUUCACUCUCAGGAACGAGAGCUGACCCAGUUAAAGGAGAAGUUACGGGAAGGGAGAGAUGCCUCCCGCUCAUUGAAUGAGCAUCUCCAGGCCCUCCUCACUCCGGAUGAGCCGGACAAGUCCCAGGGGCAGGACCUCCAAGAACAGCUGGCUGAGGGGUGUAGACUGGCACAGCAACUUGUCCAAAAGCUCAGCCCAGAAAAUGACGAAGAUGAGGAUGAAGAUGUUCAAGUUGAGGAGGCUGAGAAGGUGCAGAAAUCAUCUCCCCCCAGGGAGGUGCAGAAGGCUGAAGAGAGCAAAGUCCCUGAGGACUCACUGGAGGAAUGUGCCAUCACUUGUUCAAAUAGCCACGGCCCUUGUGACUCCAACCAGCCUCACAAGAACAUCAAAAUCACAUUUGAGGAAGACGAAGUCAACUCAACUCUGGUUGUAGACAGAGAAUCCUCUCAUGAUGAAUGUCAGGAUGCUCUAAACAUUCUCCCAGUCCCUGGCCCCACCUCUUGUGCCACAAACGUCAGCAUGGUGGUAUCAGCCAGCCCUUUGUCCAGCGAGAAGGCAGAGAUGAACAUUCUAGAAAUCAAUGAGAAAUUGCGCCCCCAGCUGGCAGAGAAGAAACAGCAGUUCAGAAGCCUCCAAGAGAAAUGUUUUGUAACUCAACUGGCCGGCUUCCUGGCCAACGGACAGAAGAAAUACAAAUACGAAGAGUGCGAAGACCUCAUAAAAUCUAUGCUGAGGAAUGAGCGACGACAGUUCAAGGAGGAGAAGCUUGCGGAGCAGCUCAAGCAAGCUGAGGAGCUCAGGCAAUAUAAAGUCCUGGUUCACUCUCAGGAACGAGAGCUGACCCAGUUAAAGGAGAAGUUACGGGAAGGGAGAGAUGCCUCCCGCUCAUUGAAUGAGCAUCUCCAGGCCCUCCUCACUCCGGAUGAGCCGGACAAGUCCCAGGGGCAGGACCUCCAAGAACAGCUGGCUGAGGGGUGUAGACUGGCACAGCAACUUGUCCAAAAGCUCAGCCCAGAAAAUGACGAAGAUGAGGAUGAAGAUGUUCAAGUUGAGGAGGCUGAGAAGGUGCAGAAAUCAUCUCCCCCCAGGGAGGUGCAGAAGGCUGAAGAGAGCAAAGUCCCUGAGGACUCACUGGAGGAAUGUGCCAUCACUUGUUCAAAUAGCCACGGCCCUUGUGACUCCAACCAGCCUCACAAGAACAUCAAAAUCACAUUUGAGGAAGACGAAGUCAACUCAACUCUGGUUGUAGACAGAGAAUCCUCUCAUGAUGAAUGUCAGGAUGCUCUAAACAUUCUCCCAGUCCCUGGCCCCACCUCUUGUGCCACAAACGUCAGCAUGGUGGUAUCAGCCAGCCCUUUGUCCAGCGAGAAGGCAGAGAUGAACAUUCUAGAAAUCAAUGAGAAAUUGCGCCCCCAGCUGGCAGAGAAGAAACAGCAGUUCAGAAGCCUCCAAGAGAAAUGUUUUGUAACUCAACUGGCCGGCUUCCUGGCCAACGGACAGAAGAAAUACAAAUACGAAGAGUGCGAAGACCUCAUAAAAUCUAUGCUGAGGAAUGAGCGACGACAGUUCAAGGAGGAGAAGCUUGCGGAGCAGCUCAAGCAAGCUGAGGAGCUCAGGCAAUAUAAAGUCCUGGUUCACUCUCAGGAACGAGAGCUGACCCAGUUAAAGGAGAAGUUACGGGAAGGGAGAGAUGCCUCCCGCUCAUUGAAUGAGCAUCUCCAGGCCCUCCUCACUCCGGAUGAGCCGGACAAGUCCCAGGGGCAGGACCUCCAAGAACAGCUGGCUGAGGGGUGUAGACUGGCACAGCAACUUGUCCAAAAGCUCAGCCCAGAAAAUGACGAAGAUGAGGAUGAAGAUGUUCAAGUUGAGGAGGCUGAGAAGGUGCAGAAAUCAUCUCCCCCCAGGGAGGUGCAGAAGGCUGAAGAGAGCAAAGUCCCUGAGGACUCACUGGAGGAAUGUGCCAUCACUUGUUCAAAUAGCCACGGCCCUUGUGACUCCAACCAGCCUCACAAGAACAUCAAAAUCACAUUUGAGGAAGACGAAGUCAACUCAACUCUGGUUGUAGACAGAGAAUCCUCUCAUGAUGAAUGUCAGGAUGCUCUAAACAUUCUCCCAGUCCCUGGCCCCACCUCUUGUGCCACAAACGUCAGCAUGGUGGUAUCAGCCAGCCCUUUGUCCAGCGAGAAGGCAGAGAUGAACAUUCUAGAAAUCAAUGAGAAAUUGCGCCCCCAGCUGGCAGAGAAGAAACAGCAGUUCAGAAGCCUCCAAGAGAAAUGUUUGGUAACUCAACUGGCCGGCUUCCUGGCCAACGGACAGAAGAAAUACAAAUACGAAGAGUGCGAAGACCUCAUAAAAUCUAUGCUGAGGAAUGAGCGACGACAGUUCAAGGAGGAGAAGCUUGCGGAGCAGCUCAAGCAAGCUGAGGAGCUCAGGCAAUAUAAAGUCCUGGUUCACUCUCAGGAACGAGAGCUGACCCAGUUAAAGGAGAAGUUACGGGAAGGGAGAGAUGCCUCCCGCUCAUUGAAUGAGCAUCUCCAGGCCCUCCUCACUCCGGAUGAGCCGGACAAGUCCCAGGGGCAGGACCUCCAAGAACAGCUGGCUGAGGGGUGUAGACUGGCACAGCAACUUGUCCAAAAGCUCAGCCCAGAAAAUGACAACGAUGACGAUGAAGAUGUUCAAGUUGAGGUGGCUGAGAAAGUGCAGGAAUCGUCUGCCCCCAGGGAGAUGCAGAAGGCUGAAGAAAAGGAAGUCCCUGAGGACUCACUGGAGGAAUGUGCCAUCACUUGUUCAAAUAGCCAUGGCCCUUUUGACUCCAACCAGCCACAUAGGAAAACCAAAAUCACAUUUGAGGAAGACAAAGUCGACUCAACUCUCAUUGGCUCAUCCUCUCAUGUUGAAUGGGAGGAUGCUGUACACAUUAUUCCAGAAAAUGAAAGUGAUGAUGAGGAAGAGGAAGAAAAAGGGCCAGUGUCUCCCAGGAAUCUGCAGGAGUCUGAAGAGGAGGAAGUCCCCCAGGAGUCCUGGGAUGAAGGUUAUUCGACUCUCUCAAUUCCUCCUGAAAUGUUGGCCUCGUACCAGUCUUACAGCAGCACAUUUCACUCAUUAGAGGAACAGCAAGUCUGCGUGGCUGUUGACAUAGGCAGACAUCGGUGGGAUCAAGUGAAAAAGGAGGACCAAGAGGCAACAGGUCCCAGGCUCAGCAGGGAGCUGCUGGAUGAGAAAGGGCCUGAAGUCUUGCAGGACUCACUGGAUAGAUGUUAUUCAACUCCUUCAGGUUGUCUUGAACUGACUGACUCAUGCCAGCCCUACAGAAGUGCCUUUUACGUAUUGGAGCAACAGCGUGUUGGCUUGGCUGUUGACAUGGAUGAAAUUGAAAAGUACCAAGAAGUGGAAGAAGACCAAGACCCAUCAUGCCCCAGGCUCAGCAGGGAGCUGCUGGAUGAGAAAGAGCCUGAAGUCUUGCAGGAUUCACUGGAUAGAUGUUAUUCGACUCCUUCAGGUUAUCUUGAACUGCCUGACUUAGGCCAGCCCUACAGCAGUGCUGUUUACUCAUUGGAGGAACAGUACCUUGGCUUGGCUCUUGACGUGGACAGAAUUAAAAAGGACCAAGAAGAGGAAGAAGACCAAGGCCCACCAUGCCCCAGGCUCAGCAGGGAGCUGCUGGAGGUAGUAGAGCCUGAAGUCUUGCAGGACUCACUGGAUAGAUGUUAUUCAACUCCUUCCAGUUGUCUUGAACAGCCUGACUCCUGCCAGCCCUAUGGAAGUUCCUUUUAUGCAUUGGAGGAAAAACAUGUUGGCUUUUCUCUUGACGUGGGAGAAAUUGAAAAGAAGGGGAAGGGGAAGAAAAGAAGGGGAAGAAGAUCAAAGAAGAAAAGAAGAAGGGGAAGUAAAGAAGGGGAAGAAGAUCAAAACCCACCAUGCCCCAGGCUCAACGGCGUGCUGAUGGAAGUGGAAGAGCCUGAAGUCUUACAGGACUCACUGGAUAGAUGUUAUUCGACUCCGUCAAUGUACUUUGAACUACCUGACUCAUUCCAGCCCUACAGCAGUGUGUUUUACUCAUUUGAGGAACAGCACAUCAGCUUCGCCCUUUACGUGGACAAUAGGUUUUUUACUUUGACGGUGACAAGUCUCCACCUGGUGUUCCAGAUGGAAGUCAUAUUCCCACAAUAAGCAGCCCUUACUAAGCCGAGAGAUGUCAUUCCUGCAGGCAGGACCUAUAGGCACGUGAAGAUUUGAAUGAAAGUACAGUUCCAUUUGGAAGCCCAGACAUAGGAUGGGUCAGUGGGCAUGGCUCUAUGCCUAUUCUCAAACCAUGCCAUUGGCAACCUGUGCUCAGUCUGAAGACAAUGGACCCACGUUAGGUGUGACACUUUCACAUAACUGUGCAGCACAUGCCGGGAGUGAUCAGUCAGACAUUUUAAUUUGAACCACGUAUCUCUGGGUAGCUACAAAAUUCCUCAGGGAUUUCAUUUUGCAGGCAUGUCUCUGAGCUUCUAUACCUGCUCAAGGUCAGUGUCAUCUUUGUGUUUAGCUCAUCCAAAGGUGUUACCCUGGUUUCAGUGAACCUAACCUCAUUCUCUGUGUCUUCAGUGUUGGCUUGUUUUAGCUGAUCCAUCUGUAACACAGGAGGGAUCCUUGGCUGAGGAUUGUAUUUCAGAACCACCAACUGCUCUUGACAAUUGUUAACCCGCUAGGCUCCUUUGGUUAGAGAAGCCACAGUCCUUCAGCCUCCAAGUGGUGUCAAUACUUAGGAAGACCACAGCUAGAUGGACAAACAGCAUUGGGAGGCCUUAGCCCUGCUCCUCUCAUUUCCAUCCUGUAGAGAACAGGAGUCAGGAGCCGCUGGCAGGAGACAGCAUGUCACCCAGGACUCUGCCGGUGCAGAAUAUGAACAAUGCCAUGUUCUUGCAGAAAACGCUUAGCCUGAGUUUCAUAGGAGGUAAUCACCAGACAACUGCAGAAUGUAGAACACUGAGCAGGACAACUGACCUGUCUCCUUCACAUAGUCCAUAUCACCACAAAUCACACAACAAAAAGGAGAAGAGAUAUUUUGGGUUCAAAAAAAGUAAAAAGAUAAUGUAGCUGCAUUUCUUUAGUUAUUUUGAACCCCAAAUAUUUCCUCAUCUUUUUGUUGUUGUCAUGGAUGGUGGUGACAUGGACUUGUUUAUAGAGGACAGGUCAGCUGUCUGGCUCAAUGAUCUACAUUCUGAAGUUGUCUGAAAAUGUCUUCAUGAUUAAAUUCAGCCUAAACGUUUUGCCGGGAACACUGCAGAGACAAUGCUGUGAGUUCCCAACCUCAGCCCAUCUGCGGGCAGAGAAGGUCUAGUUUGUCCAUCACCAUUAUGAUAUCAGGACUGGUUACUUGGUUAAGGAGGGGUCUAGGAGAUCUGUCCCUUUUAGAGACACCUUACUUAUAAUGAAGUACUUGGGAAAGCGGUUUUCAAGAGUAUAAAUAUCCUGUAUUCUAAUGAUCAUCCUCUAAACAUUUUAUCAUUUAUUAAUCCUCCCUGCCUGUGUCUAUUAUUAUAUUCAUAUAUCUACACUGCAAAUUUUGGGUCUCAAUUUUUACUGUGCCUUUGUUUUUACUAGUGUCUGCUGUUGCAAAAGGAAGAAAACAUUCUCUGCCUGAGUUUUAAUUUUUGUCCAAAGUUAAUUUUAAUCUAUACAAUUAAAACCUUUUGCCUAUCA